AUGGACAACCUUCGUUUCGUCCUCGAAUCUCCUCAAGUUGCACAGACGCAGAAGAAGCGGCCGCGACUGGUGACGUCCUGCGACAACUGUCGCCUAAAGAAGAUCAAGUGUGUGCCCACUACGGUACAGGGCAAAUGUGAAGCCUGUGAGGCAGGCGGUGUCUCCUGCGAGUUCCGCGACAGAGAGCGUUACUUCGCCGAACGCAGUCGUUCCGUCACUGCCGCGGCAGCUGCAAGUUCUGGAUCCACGUCGUCCUUAUCGACUCAGAGGCGGGGUUCUCGUAGCCCAGCGAAUGUUUCUCAGCGCUCAACUUACGGGCGGCGGUCGCCCCGCUCCGUAGCCGAUGCUUCUGCGCCCUCUGUCUGGUACCCUUCUACAUCCGACCAUCAGCAAGGUGCCUUCGCGUCAAGCACGUCCUACCCGUCCAUCGCACCGUCCUCAUCGCCUCCGUCGGGCGACUGGUUUCUCGGCGACGAAGGCAUCAGCGGUUCGAGCUCCGGCUACUUCGGCCAGUCCGCCUAUCCCGGGACAAGCUACCCAGCAACUGGCUCGCCUAGCGGACUGAGCGAUACGUAUUCAACGUACUCGAGCUCGCCAUUGAAUCCGCCUAUGAGUGGCGCGGGGUUGGCGAUGCUCUUCGACCCGCGGCGACCACAACAUCCGGAUCCUGCGCUCAUGCCACACUUCCUUGAUGUUUUCAGAACCUACUAUGGCCCGACGUUUCCCUUUUUGUCUCAUGAAGAGAUGAUCAACAGAGUACGACAGGGGGCAUCUUACGGUCUGCUCGAAUGUGCGGUCGCUGCUCUCGCGGCGAGGUACUCUAACUCGUCGACUGUUCUUGCAUGCGGAGUCUCAGCCGCUAUCGAAGCCUAUGCCAGCAAGGCGAGGGCGCAGCUACAAGAGAGUUCUCUCCUUCCCUCCGUUUACGUACUGCAUGCCACGAUCCUCCUUGCCUGGGUGGAAUACAAGGCCGGUAACAUGGCCGGCCUACAGGAGUACACAACAGCGAGUCUCGCAGUGUCUAGCGCCCUACAGCAGAGUCUUACCUCUGUGCAGAUGGCAAACAGGACGGCUCAAUCGCAUGGCCUUGGGCGUGAUUCCUUCUUCCCUGGGGCAUCGGAGCAAGAACGCAUCAUGUACCGCGACACCUGGUCAUCCAUCAUGACCCUUCAACAGCUCAGCGGAUCCUCGAUCUCGCGCCCAUCAAGUGGCAUGGUCGCUCCCUUAUCGUACAUGGAGUCCUCGACGGGAAGGUCAAGCCUCUCACACAUGCUAUACAACGAUCCAUCUCGACAUCCCUCAGAUGAGGAUAAACGUAUGACCAACGCCUUCUCUGGUCCUCCUCUGUUAGCAACUUGUAGCCAGGCUUCUUUGACUAGUUAUCUCUUCCAUGAUCUCGCGAGUCCGCUCAACAUGACUGCGCUGUCCACAACUCAUGACGCUCUAUACAUUUAA